CCGUACUCGCGCAUGGAAAGAGUGGGCCCGUGGAUACCUCCCAUUCCUGGUGAUCGCGAUCAGUGCAAUAUCUCCCAUUUCUCGGCCAGAAUGGAGGUCGAUCCGGCGGAAGAGCCUCGCGACGAUGCGCACACUUCCAUAUACGACGGUUACCCGCCCGAUUUCGGGUACUUCAACAUGGCCCACGGAAUGCUGGUGGAGAUCUCCGAGGAGAUCCGUGCGAAGUUCCCCCAAGAACCGCGUCUUCGGUUCUCCCAGCUGAACACCCUUCACCAAGCGGCCCGUCAUGGCCAGAUGUUGAGUUUCGUCGAGAUCUUAAACUCGGUUAGCUGCAGGGAAAUGCAGGCCCACCUGGUCAAUACAAAUUUCGAUCAGCCAGAUGGACAAUCGCUGACCCCGCUAACCAUGGCCGCGAUGUCGGGCAAUGUGAAAUUCGUCAAGACCCUGCUGUCGCACUACGACGUGGACUUGGAGCGGGAGUGCAAUGUCAUCUUCGACGGAAUGGUGGUCUACGGAGCCACCGCCCUGUGGGUGGCUGCCGGAAUGGGGCAUCUGCAGAUUGUCAAGAUGCUCGUCCAAGCGGGAGCGGCCAUCAAUCACAAUACCAAGGCGCAGUCGUCGCCGCUGAGAGCUGCCUGCUAUGAGGGUCGAUUGGAUAUCGUUGAAUUCCUCAUUGACAACGGAGCCGAUGUGAAUGCCACAAAUUUGUUCAACAACAACACACUGAUGAUUGCCGCCUACAAGGGUCACCACUUGGUGGUGAACACCCUGCUGCAGAACGGAUCGCGGCCCAAUGAUCAGGCCCUGUGUGGAGCCACUGCCUUGCACUAUGCCGCGGAGAGCGGCCACCUGGAUGUGGUGGUGGCUCUGCUGGACCAUGGAGCCACUCUCAAGAAGAAUGAACUAGGAAUAACACCCGCCCUGCAGGCAGCCGAACGUCUCCACGAGGAUGUACUCGAGGCGUUCAUCCAGCGGCCAGGACUGAUGAGCCAAGAGGAGCAUAUCACUGCCUUGGAGCUUUUGGGAGCCACGUAUGCGAAUGACAAGACCAAGUACGAUGUGAAUAAGGCCUACAGCUAUCUGCUGAGAGCCAUGCAGCUGCGGUACAGCAAUCCUCGCGGCGUGAUCCGCAAGAGAGUUCAGCCCACGGUGCCCGCCUACGACAAUUGGUUUGAGACUGAAAACCUGCCCGAACUGUAUGCCAUCAAACUGAAUCACCACUCCAUCCACAUGGAAUCGCUGGCCAUCAGAGAACGCAUCCUGGGUCGCAAUAAUCCAGAGUUGCCGCAGGCAAUCAUCUACCGGGGAGCUGUGAUGGCGGAUCAGGGCAGAUUCUACCAGUGCCAGGUGCUUUGGAACUACGCCAUAGACCUGCGAAUGCGCAAUAAUGUUUCGGUGGAUCGCGAUCUGCUACGUUUUGCCCAGCUAUUCGCUCAGAUUCUGCGGGUAGAGAACCACAACCUUACUUUGGAUCACGUUCUGCCCGUUUUGGCCAAGUGCCAGCAGGAGAUCGAGAACAACAAGUUCAAGAUCAAGGAGGCCAAGCCGAACACUUGCCCUAGUCUCUGGCAGGAUCAGAACAAUCAGAACUGCAUUACGGCGCUGUAUCUGAUCAAGAUCGUUACCCAUUUGGCGCGACGCAAACAGGAGCAGAACAUCGACGAGGAGCACAUCCAGCAGCUGUUCCUGGUGGUGCGCAAGUUCAUCCAAAACGACACUCGUCUGCAGGACGGACAGACAUUGCUGCACAUCGCAGUCAAUGGCGUGAUGCCGGUGGAUGAGUUCUACACCAAUGAGAUGUGCAGAUUUCCCUGCUACGCCACUGCUCUGGUCCUGGUGCACUGCGGUGCUUCCGUGGUAGCCGUAGAUGCGGCUCGAAACACCCCGCUGCAUAUCCUAGUGACCAAGGUGAACACAGCACAGGAUCGCCAGGGCGAGAUGGCGCGCAUUCUGCAGCUGUUCGUGGAGGCAGGAGCCCACUUGGAUGCGGUUAAUGCAGCCGGGCAAACGGCGGCCACGGCCUGCAAGCAGCCUGUCUUGGCCAAUCGGCUGCACGGCCAUCAGAAUGCCCACACCAGCCUCAAGUGCCUGGCUGCCCGCACCAUCGCCAGCAAUCGGUUGAACUUCAAGGGUCUGAUACCCACGCAACUGGAGGCCUUCAUACAAAUGCACAGCGUGCACAAGGUGCUGCCGUAGAAUUGCCAAAGGCACGAGCCGCAACUGAAGUAAUUAGAACUGUGAAUGCACUGAGCCACGUGGGAACACAUUUAUGUAUCCUCAAUAUGUACGCGAUACAUAUAUCGAAUUUAGCGACUUAAUUUAGCCAAAAGAAUGCAAAGGAAAAUGUUUUAUUUUUUUUACACAUUUUAUUUAGUAUUUUUCACUCUUAACUUAUUUACAAUUACAAUCUGUAACAACUGCACACGUGGACUGACUGUUUGUUUGUAAUCAUUAAUCAUAAUCAUAACUAUUAAUCAUACCUAUGUAAAAUCAUUUUGUACAUUUUUUAUGUAAAACUACUAUUAUUCGCAGUGCAAGAGGGCGCAGGCCACCUAAGUGGAAUCAAUCGAAUUGAUUAUGUUUUUUAGGUGCAAGUGAAAUAAAAGUCCAACUAAAAUAUGUAAAUCACAGUUGACCAAGACGAA